AAGCGUUCAAGUUGUUCAAUUUCUUUACUUCAAAAAAAAAAAAAGUAUUUCAGUUAAUUUUGUGUAUGAUUUUGUGUAUGAUUUUGUUGACAUUAAAAAUAUUAGUGUAUGAUUUUGUUGCUGUUGUGUACAUAAUAUUAUUUACAAGAAUGGAAAUGAUUGGGUUGUUUUGUGUCACCCUUCUGAAACUCUCACGGUUUUUUCUACAGCUGCUUGGAAUGCAGAAAUCAUAUGAGCCUACUGAUGAUCGUAUCAAAAAUCGAUCGUCUCCUACACUGGUUCCCGUCCCUAUUCAUUUCUUAGCUGAGUCUGUCAAGGAGCAACUUACAGUGUCCGAAUACCGCUACUUUGUUCCAAAGAGAUUGGGUGAAGAAGAGGAGUCUUUGUGCAUUGUGUGCAUGGGCUGCAUUGAGGCCAGUGACGAGGUGAGGGAGAUUUCUAGUUGCCAUCAUGUGUUUCAUAGGAAGUGCUUAGAUGGUUGGAUUGAUCACGGCCACAUAAUUUGUCCUCUUUGCAAAUCCAAGCCAUUGGCUACAAGAGACGGAGAAGGAAGCGGAGGCAAAGGCGAAGGCGAUCCGUGGAGGAGGGAGAGGAUGGUUUAUCUGUUCGGUGAGGAUUGUAACUUCAAUACAAGUAAUUAAUUAACCUCUGAUGUCAUGUUAUGUGUGGAUAUUUAAGUUUUGCAUGCAGUUUCAGAUAAUUUUGCCACUUUUUUCGGUCUUUCCUUUUGAUCACAUCUUGGUACAUACUGUUACCAAGACCCCAUUUGGUAUAACAUUGGAAAUUAGCGAUUUUGCCCAAAGUGCUGAAGACACCAUGUUUAGUAAAAAUUUGUAUUCAGC